GGUCAUUUUAGCAUCUGGCCAAGGGGUUUUACCUACGUACAAGUAGUCUCGCGUUCCAUUCCAUUUACCGCGCAGCGCGGGACACCUGGCCGUUUGAGCGCGAUGGGCUCGACGUUUGCGGUCAUCAAGACCUUAAUUGUCCCCGCGGUCAUCUCUCUCGUUCUCUUCCUCGUCGCAACCUUCGUCCUCGUGCCUCUCUGGCAACGCUAUCGAAACCGGUACAGCCAGUACCUACCGCUCGAAACAAUAUCGAACCAGACACUGUCACUCAGGGCGAGAAUGCAGGGUGCUGUAGUCCGCUUUAUGGCGCCGUCGGCGUGGAGAGCGAGGGCCUCGGACGGCAUCGUGGUGGCCGAGCGGGGUUCUUUUGAUUCUGAAGAGGGGGAGGAGUUGGGCGACGUGGAUGAGACAACUGCGAGAAGAGUAUUAGACCAGCAAAGGGAUGAUCCUGUUGACAGUACCAGAAGACUAAGCAGAGACCUCGAGGAAGGGUUCAUGGACGACAGCGAUGACGAGCCUGAGCGGGCUCGUCGGUAGACUUCUUUGGGAGCGCGGCGUUUGGUUUCGGAAUAGACGCGGCGAAGGGAGGGGCAUCAUUUUGACAGCGUCAAGUUUGACUUGAAUGCCAAACACUGACUUCUUUUGAUGGUCGUGGUUUCAAGAAAGUUAGGAAAGCUGCAGGAACCCUGUGAAGGACCCUUGUUGCACUAGCUAGUUAACGCUUACAAGCAUCAGCGCGUGGGCGGCAUGCCUCUAUCAGGGUCAGUACCCAUGUGGUUCCGGGCGCCAAGGCCUGGCUUGAGUCUGGACCUCCGCUUCGAUUAGCGCACGC